AUGGAGCCUGGGGGUGCUGAGUCUGCUGGAGGUCCUACAGGUGCCUCGUCACGGCGGGAGCCUCUCUCUCCACCGCAGCUGCGCGAGUGGUUUGCUCGGCGCUGGAGCCUUCGGAGUGGCGCUGCUGGAGCUGGGGGGUCUGCCGCUGGAGGCCCUGGAGCUGGAGGUACUGGAGCUGCUAGAGCUGGAGGUACUGGAGCUGCUGGAGCUGGAGUUACUUCCGGCGUUGGAGCUGGAGCUGCUGGAGUUGCUGGAGCCACUGGUCCCGGAGGUGCUCGUACUGGAGGUACUGGAGCUGCUGGAGCUGGUGGUGCUGCGGGCGUGGGAGCCGGAGGUGCUGGAGCUGCUGGUCCUGGAGGUGCUGAAGGUGCUAGAGUCGCUGGACCCGGAGGUGCUCGUACUGGAGGUACUGGAGCUGCUGGAGCUGGUGGUGCUGCAGGAGUUGGAGCAGGAGGUGCUGGAGCUGCUGGAGCUGGAGGUGCUGCUGGAGCUGGAGCUGCUGGAGGUGCUGAAGCUGGUGGUACUGCAGGCCUUGGAGCUGGAGACCCUGGAGCUGGGGGUACUGGUGCUGUCGGUGCUGGUUCUGGAGGCGCUGCGUGGCUGCGGCCGUACUUCGUUCCACUGCUUCAGCAGGUUCUUGGUCUCCCGCCUUCUACUGGCCCUACUCCUCCCUUACGGUGUCCACCGCCUGACCAGUCGCAGUCGCAGUUACAGCCAGCCUCCCCACUGCCUGGUCCUUCUCCUUACACUGGGCCGACCGGAGGUCUUGCGGAGCGUCGUGAGCCUGAGUCUCGUCCUACGUCGCCUGUUCGCGCUGUUCGCACUGGUCGUCGUGUUCCACGUCCGCGUCCUCCUCCUGUCCCAGGCACGCACCACAUGGCACUUCGUCCUUCCUCUGUUCCACAGCGUGUCCCUCUGCCGUCUCCUCCUGCGUCCUCUCCUCCUGACGUUGCUGACCCGCCGUCAGACCUUGCUCGUGCUGCCAGUCCUACUGUCACACGUCUUCUAGCCACUGUUGUCACCGACCCUUCGUUUGAGUCCACUGCUGCGUCUGCCCUAGUUGCUGAGCUGGUUGAAUUUGCUGUCGCUUGUCGCCUUGAUUACGCUGCUAGUCUUGUUGCUGAGUCUGAGUCUGUCUGUCCUCCGUCCGUCGGGGGUGAGUGUGCUCUUGGCACGGACGUCCUUGAGGACAGGCAGGAGGACUUUGAGUGUUUUGCAGGUGCUUUACCUCAUCUCGUGUCCAUGCUGAUUGCACCUGAGGGAGACCCGGAUGCACCAGACAUCCCGACCCCGCGCUCUUACGCAGAGGCGAUUGAGGGUCCCUACUCCUCUCACUGGCAGAUAGCCAUGGACGCAGAGAUGGCUUCCUGGAAGUCCACAGGCACCUACGUCGACGAGGUUCCCCCACCUGGGGCGAACAUCGUCAGUGGCAUGUGGAUUUUCAGGGUGAAGCGGCCGCCGGGUUCUCCGCCUGUCUUCAAGGCGCGUUACGUUGCUCGAGGCUUCAGUCAGCGACAGGGAGUUGACUUCUUUCAGACCUUCUCCCCUACCUCGAAGAUGACCACUCUUCGGGUGCUGCUGCACGUUGCCACACAGCGUGACUACGAGCUUCACUCUCUUGACUUCAGCACAACCUUCCUACAGGGCAGCCUGCACGAGGAGAUCUGGCUGCGCCGCCCACCUGGCUUCACUGGGUCGUUUCCUGCAGGUGCCCAGUGGAGCCUCCGGCGGCCAGUCUACGGUCUCCGCCAGGCGCCUCGCGAGUGGCACGACACACUGAGGACGACUCUUGCGGCUCUUGGGUUUGCUCCUUCUACUGCUGACCCGUCGCUGUUUCUACGCACCGACACUUCGCUGCCGCCGUUCUACAUCCUCGUGUACGUCGACGACUUGGUCUUUGCCACUGCUGACACUGAGGGACUGGCCCUAGUGAAGUCAGAGCUGCAGAAGAGACACACGUGCACAGACCUGGGUGAGCUGCGCAGCUAUCUUGGCUUGCAGAUCACCCGGGACAGAGCACAGCGCACCAUUACCUUGACUCAGUCACACAUGGUGCAGCAGGUCCUUCAGCGCUUCCGCUUCACGUACUCCUCGCCACAGUCCACUCCUCUGCCUACCGGUCACUCGCUCUCAGCUCUGCCUUCGGAUGAGUCCGUAGAGCCGAGUGGCCCGUAUCCAGAGCUUGUGGGCUGCCUCAUGUACCUGAUGACCUGCACUCGACCUGACCUUGCUUACCCUCUUAGCAUCCUGGCUCGCUACGUUGCGCCCGGGAGACACCGGCCAGAGCACUGGGAGGCCGCUAAGAGGGUGAUGCGCUACUUGUGCAGUACGUCGGGCAUGGGGCUCGUGCUUGGAGGACGGGCUCGAGUUGUCCUCACUGGUCACGCAGACGCUUCUUGGGUUGACGACUUGGCUACGCAGCGGUCGUCACAGGGUUACUCCUUCAGCCUUGGCUCCGGCUCUGUUUCUUGGCGGUCUACCCGCUCGUCUUCUGUUCUCAGUUCCAGUUGUGAGGCUGAGAUCUACGCAGGGGCCAUGGCUGCACUGGAGUUACGCUGGCUCACCUACCUGCUGACCGACUUGGGAGAGCCGCCUCGUUCUCCUCCAGUUCUGUACGUCGACAACAAGGCCAUGAUUGCCUUGUGUCAGGAGCACAGACUGGAGCACAGAACGAAGCACAUCGCUCUGCGCUACUUCCUUGCUCGAGAGUUGCAGCAGCGUGGUCAGUUUCGUCUUGCUUACGUGGCCUCUCGGGCCAACACUGCUGAUAUCUUCACCAAGGCCCUUCAGCCUUGUGAUCAUCAGCGUUUCUGUACUGUUCUAGGCCUUGUGCCUACUUGGCCUCACUUGCUCACUUCUUGA